AUGAACUCGCGGUUAAACAUGAUACUGGCGCUUGUUGGCGCAGCUUUGUCCUUUCUGGCAGCGCCGGUUGAGGCCAUUGCAUGCCACGAUCUCUCAAAAGGAUUGGAGACUGCUCCAAACGUCAGAAUCGACAUCGCCGAGCUUGUCCCAGCGGGGUCAAACUUCACAGGAAAUACGACAAACCCAAGCGCAAACAUCAACUUGACAAAUCUCCCAGCGCACUGCCGUGUCUCGGCUUGGUUCAACACGGCAGUAAAUAACACGGUCAAUUUUGAGGUGUGGCUGCCCGUCGCGAACGAGUGGAAUGCGCGACUCCUCACCUUCGGGAAUGGUGGCUGGGGAGGCAACGUUGUUUAUCCGGACAUCUCUCGUGGACUGAAGCAAGGUUUCGCGUCUAUGAGCUGUGACACUGGCCAUCGAGCUCCCUCUAGUGACGGUGUCAUGUUCUCCGACCAGGAGGCAAGCAUCGAUUUUGGACAUCGAGCAUUACAUCUUUCGGUAGGGCACGCGAAGCAGAUCGUGAACGCUUUCUACGAAGAGCCAGCGUCCUGGUCCUACUAUUCAGGCUGCUCUACUGGUGGGCGACAAGGCUUUGCUGAAGUGCAAAGGUACCCCGACGACUUUGACGGUGCCCUCAUUGGCGCUCCUGUCAUUUGGCAAACACAUUUGCAAGCUUGGGAGAACUAUGUCACCAUAGGGCAAUAUCCCAACACAUCGGAUACCUUUAUCAGUACCGAGCAGUGGACGGCAAUUCAUAAUGAGGCAGUGCGACAGUGUGAUACAACAGAUGGGCUGAAGGAUGGGCUCAUCUCGGACCCGACGCGUUGCUAUUUCCACCCCGAAACCCUGCUCUGCAACAAGGCCUCGACCAAUUUGAGCGCCUGUCUCACACCCCCACAGCUGGCAAACCUCAAGACCAAGUACGACCCAUGGGUUGACACCAACAAUACCCUUGUUUACCCUGGAAUGUCUGUUGGCUCCGAAUUGGGCGGUAUCCAGCGUUACACCAACGCUCCAGUAGGGGGCGGGUAUGGUCUCUCGUUCUUCCAAUACGCGAUUCUCAACGAUACGAGUUUCACAUCGACCGACAUCACUUUCGCCGAUGUACAGACAGCCGAGCUCAUUAACUCCUACGGAGCCAUUGAAGACGCCUUCUCCCCCAAUCUCACCAGCUUUCGUGAUCAUGGGGGCAAGAUCUUGCAUUACCAUGGAUGGCAGGAUUCAGUCGCCCCCUCUGCCAUCUCGCCCCUCUAUUACAGCAACGUCCUUGACUUCUUCAGCGAACAUGAGAACGCGACCAGCGAGGAUGUUUCGUCGUUCUAUCGUCUGUUCAUGGUUCCCGGCCUUCAACACUGCUCAAGUGGUGAUGGCGCCUGGGUCCUGGGGUCCGCGUCCCAGGUCAUUGACCCGCCGCAAAAUAACUCGCUCCACAAUGCUUUACUGGCCUUGGUGGAGUGGACUGAGACUGAUUCUGCACCCGACAUGUUAGUCGGCACGCGCUACACGAACGUGACGCGCAUUGGGGACACCUUGAUUGACGACACUGUUGCCUAUACUCGGCCUAUUUGCCAGUGGCCGGCUCUUGCUGAGUUCCAGGGUGAUGACAAGAAUAAUGCCUCAAAUUGGGUUUGCCCUCCGUCCGUUUUUGAAUCAUUUUCUACGAUCGAAUAA